AUGGAGUCAAUAGCACGCAUCUCGGGUCUUAUGGAGACUGCGAGGGAGCUCACCCUCGAUGCAGCCCAGGCGACGCGCGGUGCGCGCACGAGCUCCAGACCUCUGGAUAGGAACCAGAUGAAGAAGUUAUUGGAUAGUCGCAACGAGCGCGAGGUUCUUGAUGGGUUACGGCGUGUUCUUGCGAUGAUGUACCGAAACCACAAGACCUUACCCUUCUUCUCUUCCGUCGUCAAGAAUGUUGCAUCCCCGAAUAUCGAGAUCAAGAAGCUUGUCUAUAUUUACCUCAUACACCAUGCCGAACAGGAACCCGACCUCGCCCUACUCUCCAUCAAUACUAUCCAGAAAUCCCUAUCCGACCAAAACCCUCAAGUCCGAGCUCUCGCCCUCAAGACCAUGUCCGGAAUCCGGGUCCCCGUCAUUAGCCAGAUCGUAGCCCUUGCUAUCAAGAAGGGUGUUGCCGACAUGAGCCCCCACGUGCGGAAAGCGGCUGCCCUUGCGAUCCCGAAGUGCCAUCGAUUAGACCCGAGUCAAGCGCCGCUUUUAAUCGAAGUCCUGACUACUCUGUUGGGAGAUAAGCAGUAUUAUGUCGCUGGAGCCGCCGUGUCCGCUUUCCUGGAGAUUUGCCCUGACCAGAUAGAUCUUAUACAUAAGCAUUAUCGCGCUCUGAUAAAGCAGGUGGUGGAUAUGGACGAAUGGAGUCAACUAGCUACACUGCGACUCAUGACGUAUUAUGCACGAAAGUGCUUCCCACGAAGGUCUCAGUCACCGGACGAAGCUACCGAAACCUCACAGGAUCAGAAGGUGGACGACUUCUAUGGCGAAUCGCGACAAGCUAGUCGAGGCCAAGGAUCUUCAGUAUUGGACCCAGAUCUCGCAUUGCUACUGAACGGAAUUAGACCUCUUCUACAAAGCCGAAACGCCGGUGUCGUUGUCGCCGUUACUAGAUGCUAUGUCGACAUUGGUACACCGGAAUAUGUGAAGCAGGCCAUUGGCCCCUUGAUCGCCUUACUUCGUGGAGCCCAGGAUAUACAGCAGACUGCUCUCUUCAAUAUUGUUUCUGUGUGUCUUAUUCGACCUGCAGACUUUGUUAAAUAUGCCAGUCACUUUCUUGUGCGGGCUACUGACCCAGCUCCCAUAUGGGAGUUGAAACUGGAGAUCUUGACCAUCAUUUUCCCCCAUAGUCCAUCGCACGUCAAGAGUCUCAUUCUGAAGGAGCUGGAACACUUCUCGCAGGGAACAAACAAAGCGUUGGUUCGUGAGGCGGUGCGUGCUAUUGGCCGCUGCGCCCAGACCGACACUACUACAGCUCCUCGAUGCUUGAAGUUACUCUUGGGUCAGAUCACAAGUCUGGAUGGUACCCUUGCUGCCGAAUCGCUGACAGUAAUUCGUCACCUGAUACAACAGGAUGUUCAGGGACAUGUUGGAACGGUUGUUCGGCUGGCGAAGAACCUCGACUCGGCGACCGAUCCCCAGGCGCGCGCCACGAUUAUUUGGCUGGUGGGUGAGUUUUCAGGCUUGAACGGCGAAGACAACAUUGCGCCAGAUGUUCUUCGAAUUCUGCUUAAAGAAUUCACAAACGAAUCGCCAGUCGCCAAGCAACAGAUUUUGCUCUUGGCGGCCAAGGUAUACCUUCACCACCUCAACCGCAAGAGCGAAGCGGAAAAGGAGCAGGAUGCAGAGGAGGAUCCACCCAUUGACACUGACACUCAUCCUAUUGAGAGACUAUGGGAGUAUGUUCUUCUCCUUGUCAGAUAUGACACAUCGUUCGACCUUCGUGACCGUGCGAGAAUGUAUCGAUCUCUGCUUGCGGUACCUCAGCUAGCGACAUUGAUGCUGCUCGCUGAGAAGCCUGCUCCACAGGCGCCAAGCCCAUCUGAAUCUCGAAAGGGAUUCUUGUUAGGUUCUUCCACGUUGGUACUCGCGGGUGGUGGUGCUGUUCACGGGCUCAGGGGCUACGAGCCCUUGCCAGACUGGGUCGAAGAGGGACAACAGCCUGAUCGUCGACUUCGAGAGCCCGAAGGUGGCCAGAGUUCUAAGUACGAUGUCGAAAGAAGCACACUACCUGCUAGUGACAGACUGGAUGAGGCUGCGAAAUCAAGUAUGCCUACCAAGGCCAAUGGUACAGGUCUAGGCACAGGCGAAGCGGUUGGUGCCAAGACUUUGGAUGACUGGCUUGGAGAAGAACAAGAAAGCGAGGAAUCAUCGGAGGAGACGGAAGAAGAAUCCUCAGAAGAGGAGGACGAUGAGGAAGGCGAAGAAGAUGAUGAUGACGACGAGGAAGAGGAAACGGACAGUGAUGACGACGGAGAGGCCGAUAGAUUGGUCAAGUCCUAA